AUGAAGUUCGCUUUUGCCUCCCUCCUUGUUGUCGCUGCCGCGCUUCUCCCCGCUGCUCAGGCUAGCAUGGACAUCACCUUCACCGCCGACAAGUUCGCUCGUCGUGCUGAAGAGGCUGCCCCCGUUGCUGUUAAGCCUCCGCGCAACCCCGAAUUCGGUAUCUUCCUCAAUAACAGAUACCUUCUCCACAACGGCGAGGGCUUGCCCAAACCCAAGGACGUCAAGGAGACUUACCCCGAGUGCAAGUGGAGGAAGUACGGCCAGUGGGCCUGGUUGGACGAGAACAACGUCCAAUGCUACCUAGGACCUUCGUAUAAAUAUCACGCCUACUCGCCCGCUAAGAACUUUGACCCAGUGCCCUCUAUCCAGAGAGGAGCAUGUGCCGACACCGCCAACCCCCAAGACUUCCCUCAAGGUAUUCCCCGAUACACCAUCAGUGUUCCUUACCUCUACUUCAACAACUUCUACGACCGUCGUUGCAAGGUUCGCGCUCUCGUCAAGGUUCCCCAGACCGACAAGGAGAAGGAGCACUGGAUCCAGGCUUGGGUUGUCGAACACAACGGUGGUAACUGGAGCACCAAGAGCGGUGAUCUUGGCCCUAAUGGUCCUCAGGAGGGUAUCAUGCUCGACACCAAGCUGUACCCCAAGUUCCUCAACUCGGGAGACAAGGACAUCGGCGUUCUUCCCAACAAGGUCGAGUGGUUCUUCCUCGACAUCAACACAAUUGGGUAG